AUGUUGUUAGAUUUAUCAAAUAGUAAAUUGAAAAGUUUAGAGGACUGUGAUAUUAUCUUAGAAAAGUUGAUUGAAUUAAAUUUGGAUUAUCCAAGUAUAACAUAUUUAAACGUUUCUCAUAAUAAUAUAAAAUCGAUUAAAGGAUUAAGGGCCUUUGAAAAUUUAAGAGUUUUGAAUAUAUCACACAAUGAAGUGAUAUCAUUAGAUGAUGAUUAUAUUCCAUGUUGUACUGAGAAAAUUAUAGCUGACCAUAAUGUAUUAACAGAUAUAUGUUUUAAGGGAAUUGAAAAGGAAGAGGAAGAAUAUGAUGAAGAUAUAUGUGAGGAAAAUGCUACGUAUGAAAAAUAUAAUAAUAAUAAUAAUAAUAAUAAUAAUGAUGAUGAUGAUGGUAGUAACAUUUUAUGUGAGAAAGACAUUAUAAAAAAUAAGACAAAGGAUUAUAAAAAUAAGAAUUUAAAGAAUGAUGAAAAUGACGAUGAGAGGAAGAAUCAUCAUAUGAAUAAUCGUGAGAAGAGAAAACUUACAAGGAAUACAUCUAUUUAUGACUCUUUUAAUACUAACUUAUUAAAUGAUAAGAAUAUGUAUACAAAUAAGAAUUUACCAUUAAAUAAAUUAAUUUAUCUUGAUGUUAGUUAUAAUAAUAUAAAAAAAUUAACAACAUUUGAAAAAUAUUUACAUAUAAUAAAUAAAAAUAAAAGAGAAAAAAAUGAUUCAUGUUCUGAUGAUGCUUAUAUGAAUAAUUUUAUUUCUAAUAAAACAGAAAAAGAUGUGAUGAUUUUAUUUUUUAAUUCUUUAGAAACUUUACAUUUAAGAGGUAAUCAAUUAACUAAUCUCAAGGGUCUAAGUGUUUUCAAAAAUUUAAAAGUCCUUGAUUUACGUUCGAAUUUUAUUAAUCAUCCUGUGCAAUUAUUUUAUAUUUUAGAUAAUAAAAACUGGCUUAAGAAAUAUCAGAAAAAUAAAAUGGAAAGGAAAGAUACAAAUUAUUAUUCUUAUUUUGUUUAUAUCUUAAAAAAAUAUAAAAAUUUUAAAAAUCUACAGAAUUUAUUUCUUCAAGGAAAUAAUAAAGUUCUCAAACCAAAAUAUUUAUUUAUGAGUGUAUAUAAUGUUUUGAAAAAUAUUAACGUUAAAAGGAAGUUAAGUACUGAUGUUAUCACAGAUAAUAUCUCUUUAGAUGUAUCCAAAAAAAAAAAAAAAAAAAAAAAAAAUUAUAUGACUAAUGGUGAGUCGGAAGACGAACAAAAUGGUGUUGGAAGUUAUAUGGACUUUGAAGGGGGAGAUGAAAAGGAAGUAGAAGAUGUAGAUGAAGUGGAAGAUAUAGAUGAAGUGGAAGAUGAAGAUGAAGUGGAAGAUGAAGAUGAAGAUGUAGAUGAAGAAGAAGUGGAAGAUGAUGAUGAAGAGGAAGACCAUAUGGACAAUAAUGAAAAUGAAGAAGAUUUUAUAGAAAAUGAUGAGGAAGAAAAUUAUUGUUUGAACCCAGAGAAUAAAAAAAAAGAUCCCGAAUUAAAUGAACAUUUGGAAGAAAAAGAAACAUAUGAUGAUAAAAUAAAUGAAAAGAAAGUGGAUGAUGAUCAUAUGAAUAGAUAUAAUGAUAAUAUAAAUAAUUGUUGUAACGAAGGAGAUGAAGAAGAAUCAUUUUAUGAAGAUGAUAGUUCGAAUGAAUAUACUUAUAUAAUGGAAAAAAUGGGAAUAUCAUCUAACAAAAUUAAUAAAUUGCAAAACAAUAAUAAUACAAAUAAUUAUUUGAGUGACAGAACACAUGAAGAAAAGGAAGUUUAUGAUGAUACUUCUCAAGAUAAUUCUGAAUCGAAUUUAAAUGGGUCAUCGAAAUGUUCUCCAUUAUAUAGCGAAGAUGAUACAGAAUUUGAAAGUAAUGAAGAAAAGGAAUAUGAACAAUAUGAACAAUAUGAACAAUAUGAACAGGUAGAGAAAAGGAAUAAUAAAGAAAAUGAAGAAAAAGGAUACGAUGAUAACAAUGGUGAUAAUAGUGAUGAUAAUAAUGGUGAUAAUAGUGAUGAUAAUAAUGGUGAUAAUAGUGAUGAUAAUAAUGGUGAUAAUAGUGAUGGUGGUGAUGAUUGUGAAGAAAAAAGGGUUCAAGAUAAAAGUUUAUCUAUAAAAGACAACUUAAAUAAUAAAAAUGUAUAUUCUUCUAAAACGAGGGAAAAAAAAUUUUUAUAUUCAACUAAUGAUGAUGAAGAUGAAAAAAAAAUCGAUGAUCUUAUUAAACAUAUUAGCUAUAGUGUAAGCAGGAAUUCUUCAAAUAUUAUGUCUUCUCAAAAUUCAUGGAAAAAAAAUCAAGGAUGCAUAAGUGUGAAAACUUGUAAUGAUAAUAAAAGAGAAUUUGUAUGUGAUAAUGAACAAACAGAAAAAAAGGAAGUUCAAAAUGAAAAGAAAGAAAGAGAUAAUAUUAAAAAGAAAAUUGUGAAUACUAAAGAAGAGAAUAAUAUAUAUGAACUAUCAAAUAUGUCAUAUGUAGAAAAGGAAAAUAAUUGUAAAAAAAAUCUUUAUAAAUAUAUUAAAAGUGCUGAUCACACAAACAAAGCUCUUUUGAAGGAAAAAAAUAUUUCUUCUUCAUCUGGAUUACAUUAUGAAGAAUGCUUAAAUGAAGAAAUAAAUAAUAGAAAUACAAAUGAUAAUAUAAAUAUUAAGAAUGAGAAUAAUAAAAUGAAGAAAAAUAAAAUGGAGAUAAAAAUUAAUUCAAUAGAUAAAACGUAUGAACAAAAUGAAGGGAAAAAUCUUUGCGUUUCAUCCGUUUUAAAAAAAAAUAAAAAGACUAAUGAUGUACUCAAAGAAAUAUUAAACAAAAAUAGGGACAUGGAUAAGUCAACACUAACAAACGUUUCUUCUAUUGAAGAGAGUGAUAUGUUUGAUAGUGACUAUGAAGAAAUAAUAAGCACAUCGAAUUGUGCUAAUAUGAAUGAUAAUAAUAAAGAUAAUAAUAUGGAAUAUAUUAAUAUAAAAGAUAAUAAUAUGGAUGAUAUUAAUAUGGAUAAUUAUAACAUACAUAAUUGUAAUAUAAAAGAAUCAUCCAAUUUAUCUUUUAAAAAUAAAAAUUAUUUAAAUUCAAAACAAAAGGGGAACUCAAACCCACUUACAAAUAAUUAUGUAAAAGAAGAUAAAGAUAAAAUGGAUGAUCAUAUAAAAAUGAUAGGAACUAUAGAAAAAAUGAUAGAAUAUAAGAAAAGGAGAGAACAAGGUAUUAAUAAUGAUGCUGAUAUUUGUAUUUCUAAACAGGAGAAUGCACAAGAUAUUUUUAAAGAAAAAAGGAAAAAGGAUCAACGAAAAAAUCAAGGCACAAAUGGAAAUAUAUGUAGAAACACAUAUGAUAAUACAUAUAAUAAUACAUAUGAUAAUACAUAUGAAAAUACUUGUGGUGAUAUAAAUAAAUACAAUGAUGAGGAAAAAAAAGAAGUGUGCAAUAUUUUAAAUAUUUCUUAUAAAGAGAAUAAGACUAAUAUUUCUGAUGAGAAGAAUUUAAAGACAGAGAUAUGUGAUAUGCAAAAAAAGAUUAAGAAUGAAAUGAAUAAAAGUUGUAGUAACAAAGAUAUAUGUAUAUAUAAGAGUGAGGAAGAGAAAGAAAAUAUAACAUAUAAAUGUAAUAGUAAAAAUAAGUUACCAAUGUCGAAUACACAAAAUAGAAGAUUAUAUCAUGCUUGUUCAUCUUUUAAAUCAGAAUCUACAGAUGUAACAGAAAGAACAGGUAAUAUGAAUAAGAAGUUAAAAAUAAUAGAAAAAAAUAUUCUAAAUAACGAUGGUUUAAAUAUAAAUAGUAUGAAAAAUAUGAACGACUUAAUAAUUUCAAAGAAUAUGAUGAAUAUACAAGCUUAUCCUAUACAAAUUCAAAAUAAUAAAGAAACAAAAAACUGGAAUAAAAAAGAAAAAGAUCAUAAUAAUUCUUCUAUAAUAAAAGAUACUUUGUUAGUAGAAAAAAGGGUAGCUAAAAAUGAGGAAGAUAAUGAUUAUAUAAAUGAAAAAACUAAAAAAAAUGAAAAUAUUAUAAAGAGAAAUAAUGAAUUACAAAAUAAUAAUAAAAGUACAUGUAUAAAAAAUGUAAAAGAUAUUAAUAUAUUAAAAGAUAGAGAAGAAAAAUAUAAUGACAAAGAUAGUAUGCUAUAUAAUAAUUUGGCUUUAUAUCUAAAAGAUGUUUGUUUAAAUUUAGGAAAGGAAAAGCAAUACACUAAAAAUUUAUUAGAAGAAAAAAAAAAAUUAGAAAAUGAUAUAAAAAUUAUGAAUGUGCAGAAAGAUAUUUAUAAAAAGAAAAUCAAAAACUUAGAAAAAUUAUGUAUUGAGAAAAAUAAAAUUACAAAAAAAUAUAAAAAUAUGAAUAACACAUUGAAAUCUUUUGAACAUAUGAAAAUGCAGGUUCCUAAAGACGACAUGAAUUCUCAAAAUGAAUAUAUAGAAAAUACCAUGGAGAAAUUAUAUAACGUAUUCUUUGAUGCUUUUGGAGAGGAGCACAUAAUAACCAAAAUGAUUGAAAGUUUAGCUGAUGUUUAUAUUAGAAAGGAAAAGAAUACAGAAAUGAAAAUGAUAGAACACAAAAAGGAAUUGGAUUUGUUAAAGAACGUAGAGGAAAUUGUAAAAAAGAAAGAUCAAUAUUAUAACGAAUUAUUAAAAAAAAAUGAAAUUAUCAAGAGUUUGAAUAGCAACCUAAAUAAUAUAACUAAAAGCGUUGCUGAUAUGAAAAAAAGCAUAAUAGAAAAUGAAAACAAAUCCAAGGAAUUAUUAUCGGUGUUAUCAAAAAAAGAUUCAAUGUUGAAAGAUAUGGAAAAAAAAAUCCUAAUAAUGAGGGGAAAAGAAAAGGAAUUUGAAAAUGAAAGAGCUAAAAUAAUGGAUCUCCUAAAAGAUAACGAUGGCAAUGUGAAGAGCAUAAAAGAAUACAAGGACGAUAUUAAAGCACUAGAAGAAAAAUUAAAAAUAUAUAUAGAAAAAUCUAAAAAUAAAAUGAAUGACAAAAAUUAUGAGAAGAUGGUAGAUAAAUUACAUGAUGAACAAAUAAAAAUACACUCAUUAUUAACAGAAAAAGAAAAAAUUAUAAAUGAAAAAAAUAUUCAAAUAGAUCAUCUAGAAAAUCAAUUACAAUCAUGGGCAGAUGAAGCAACCAAUUGGGUGGUCAUGGCUGAUAAGCACACCAAACUUAUAACAAAACAUAACAUAUUAAAGAAAAAUUAUGAAGAAUUGAAAUUGAAAUAUAUUAUGGAUAUGAAAUACAUCCAGUCAAAUAAAAAUGAAAAAGUUAAGGAACUCAUAAAAAGGUUUUCAUAA